AUUAUAUAUAUCUAUGUGUGACCAUGAUCGGGGUAUCUAAUAUCUUAUCAGAAAUCAUAACCGUAAAUCGUCCCGUCUUCGAGAUUCUUGUAGAUAUUAGAUGGUAGAUAUUAACGUUAACAUUUAUUUUAUUUGAGCAAAAUAUUAAUGUCAUUUGGUUAGAAAGUUUACCUACCAACUUCCAUUCAAUAAAAAAUUAAAAUUAAAUAUAAAAUAUUUAUAAAUGCUACUUUAAAAUGUCCAGACCAGUAGAAAAAAAAGCACCAACCCAGAAGUCCAUUUGGUAUACAUUAAAAAAAGCUACGACUAAAAAUUCAGAAUGGCCUGAUAAAGAUGAAUUUCUCGACGUUAUUUAUUGGACAAGACAAAUCAUGGGUAUUGUUGCUGGUAUACUAUGGGGCUUAUUACCACUAAAAGGAUUAUUUGGAUUGGGAUUAUUCAUUAUGCUUAAUGCUACUGUAUUAUAUGCAUAUUUUACAAAUUUCCAAAAAAUUGAUGAAGAAGAAUUUGGUGGGGCUUGGGAAUUGACCAAAGAGGGAUUUGUUACUUCGUUAGCUGGAUUUUUAGCGUCAACCAGUUUACGUUCGGCGGCACACAUCUCCCGCCUAGCACCUCCCCCCCCCCAACGUGCUUUGGCUAGGUUUGUGAAUCGGACAGACCUUCAGGUACUAUCAGCGCCACAUUUCGAUAAGAGUGGGAGAAAUGUGCCUCUCAGCAGCCGCCAGCCGUGAUGUGCAAAAUCGGUAAUGUGGAUAAUUGUAUAUUCCGGCAUGCAUUUUGACUGAAUCGAAGAAUUGUAAGUUAUCUAAUUUGGAAAUGGAAAUAAAUAAAAAUAUAAUUUUCAGUA